CUUUUUGAGCUUAGGGCGCCGUUUCACCCGCAGCCUAAUUGUGACGGCCAACAUGGCAUCUUACGGAUCGCCGCUAAGGACGCCAUCAAAGUCCGUUAGCGCAUGUCACGGUGCACGUUGCUCGCCUUUUAUCAAGUCGUUUGACCAAAACGGGAAGGUCCUGCGUAGUAUUCCUUUUGACGAAGGACAUGCACGGCGCGGCUGUUAUGCAAGUCCGCUGGGCAAGGCGUAUGAUGUGCGUCCCGUCCAUCAGCGAAUGCUUGACGUCCUCUUCCAGCCAAGCCAGGGCUUCAAGGAAGCUCAGAUACCCGAUUUAACGCACCUCUUCACGGUCGAGGAAGUCCUACAAGUCAUUCGAGAAGCGCGCUCUCUGUUUGCGCAGCAGGACACUCUGCUGUACGUCCCGGGUAGGAAAGACUGAGCUGUUGGCCUGUACCCUUGCUGCUUUCUAAGCGAGCUCAAAACCCGUUUUGCUUUGUCUUGCAGCCCCCGCACGUGUGGUUUCCGACCUACACGGCCAAUUCAUGGACUUGAUGCGCAUGUGGGGCUGGUGCGGAUCACCAGAUGGGAGCAUUCCAUGGGUUUUCCUUGGCGACUACGUGGACCGCACGGCUUACAGCUGCGAGGUGGUCCUCGUGCUGUACGCCCUCAAGAUUAAGUGGCCAGAGAAGAUUGUCAUGCUGCGAGGAAACCACGAGAUCGCAACUAUCAACGAGUACUACGGAUUUAAGGAGGAGCUUAUCCGCAAGUGGGGCCGUGGCAACGGGCAGACGCUGUUUGAAGCAUUCAACGACAGCUUCGACUACCUCCCUCUCGCAGCUGUGGCCGUGCCGCCCGGUUACGAGUGCGACCCAGAGCUGGCCUACGAUGACGACACGCAGUCGCAGUUUGAUCCGAGCAGCCGCAGCCCCAGCCCCCGACGGCGCUUGCUGAACGACCGCUUCAUCCCAAGCCGCUACCUUAUGGUGCAUGGCGGCAUUGGUCGGCUGGAGAGGCUUUCCGAGAUCAGCAACGUGCAGCGGCCAGUGCGCAGCGGCGAUUGUGAUGUGGCUGAGCUCACAAUGCUGGAGCUGGUAUGGUCCGACCCGGCUCCCAGUGAUGAGUGCAACGGCUUGCUACUCAACAAGCGCGACAACUACAGCGGCGGCAUCGUGAGCUACGGGGCUGACCGUGUUCUGCAAUUCUGUAAGCGCAACCGCAUCACCGCCAUCCUGCGCGGUCACGAGUGCAUACAAGAAGGACUUGAGCUCGCCUUCGGCGGGCGCGUUGUGACGUUCUUCUCUGCGGUGAACUACGGCGGACAGGGGUCCAACCACGGCUGCAUUCUACAUCUGGGCCUUACGGCAGACGAUGGUGACAUGCCAAGUAUCGAGAUUGAGCCUAUUCGCAUAGAGGCCAAGCUCCGUGCGCCGUUGCCCAACACCUAUGCUGACGACGAUGGCGAUGUCACGGACACAGAGCCCGACCAGGUUUCAUCUGGUGGCUGCCACCAGGCCGACCGUCCCGGCCAAGACCCAAAGCAGAAUCAACAGGGCCAACCAGACGAGAGUGGAAGGGGCGCCGGCCGUGGCGUCGACCAGAGCCAGUCAGGGCAUGGUGCGGCGCAAGAGUCGCAGUCAGGAUUUGCUGAGCCCACGCGUGCGGCAGGACUGCCGGCCCAAGACCAGGGCCCCCAUCCCGUCCACGACUCCAUGCCUAACAGCGUCAGUGGCGGAGGGGAAGCAGACCAUGUCGACAACACCGUGUCUGCCUCGGAGCUGCCCGCGCCGACGUUAGAGGACGGAGAUGGACCUGCAAUGGCGGCACCCGUACCGCAUCCCCAACACGAGUACGAGAACCCGCCCGCAGAUCCCGAGGAAGACGUGGCGGCGGUACCCGAGGCUCCGGCUGCAUCCGAUGAGCCGACCCCUGACGGAAUCGCGUUGCAGAGCUUGCUGCUGCAUUACGCUUGGCCCGUGUUGUUGUCAACAGCGCAAAGCCACCUGGAGGCUUUGGGCAACGCAGGAGGCAAACCAGGGACCGAGGAUGUGGCGUCAGUGGUGGCGGUCGAGGUGCAGCCUGCUGGGCACAGCGAUGAUGGUCUGACAGCGUGGAAGCCUUUCGACAUGGAAUGCCCAUUCGGCUCACCUUCGGCCGACAUCGACGAUGAUGGCAACGAGAUCAACCCAACAGGGGGCCAGGCCGUGUCUUUCCCGAUGAAUGCUUCAAGCGCUGGCGAUGUACGGGCUUCCAAGACUCCGGAGCUGACUCGGCGCCACUCGGCGGUGGUUCAGCUUGCUGACUACAGCAGCGAAGACGUUGAUAGCGAAAGCCCGGGCGACUUGAAGGCUGUUGCAACACCGGCACUGGUUGGGCUGUCGUUGCUUGCAGGCUAUGCCAGUGAAGACGAGAGCCAGGUGGCCUUGCAGGCGGCCGCCGUCGGGAGUGCCUUCGGUUCCCCGGUUGGUUUGGACGACGAUGACGACAUCAGCACGGAGACCGACAGCCUUCUCGACAACGGCAGCGAUAGCGUGAGUCCUGGAAAGCGCACGCACAGCAAGGAGGAGGGCCGGGCGCCUUCGACGGCACGCGUUGCUGGUGAUGGCGCAGGACUGCAAAGCCCUGUUAAGCGGCAGGUUGUGGAGCUGCAGGACGCUGACGGCCCCUGGCGCCACCCUGCUGAAAACGCAAUGGGUGUUUUCCACUGGGCAGCGCUUGCGGCCCGUGAUGAUAGCAGGUGCCCUACGCCGCCGCGGCCGAGCCGAGGCGCAAGUGUAUUCUGAAAUAAG